CAUCCGCAAGUACCUAGUCCGUCUGACUGGUAGGGUUGCUCAGUGUUCUCACCCAUUUCGGAGCUGAGGGGAGGGGCGGUGAAAAGUUGGUAGAGAUCCCGCUAGCCCCGCCCCCCGCUUUGGACGACUUUGACAUUAGUACUCAACUUUGGUACCUUACUUGCCGACAGAGCAUGGGAGCCUUUUAAUAAUAUUUCUCAAGUCUUUAACAAAGGAAAAAGGAAAAACUGAAGUGGCCCAAGCCGUGCUGCUGAUUCAGUAUAUAUCAUAAUUUAAAGACGACUCAAAUUAUAAUCAUUAACAACCAUGUAUUUAUUUACUUACUUAUUUGCGGCUGGCCGGUAUAGUGAUCCAAAUCCUUGACCUUGUUAUUAUAACACCGAGCUCUACCCCCCCCAAAUCCAUAUAUUUUUGAACCCGAUGUUCUUGUCUUCAGUUUACUGGGUUUCCCAAAAUACUGGACUGCCUGGUUCAGGGCCGGACGCCUAGCCAACUUACUGCCGACUUGGAGCUUCAGAGCCAUGGCAACAGAGGAGUCAGGAAGUGCGACAGCACAGUCCGCCCUCUCAUCAGCCAGUCGGAGCAAGGAAGUGCUUGAAAAACCAAACUAUGCUCUCAAGUUUACUCUCGUGGGACAUACGGAAGCAGUAUCAUCAGUUAAGUUUAGUCCUGAUGGAGAGUGGCUAGCAAGUUCUUCUGCUGAUAAACUAAUUAUAAUUUGGGGAGCAUAUGAUGGAAAGCAUGAGAGAACACUAUGUGGCCACAGUCUGGAAAUAUCAGAUGUUGCUUGGUCAUCAGAUUCCAGUCGUCUUGUUUCUGCUUCAGAUGAUAAAACUCUAAAGAUAUGGGAUGUGAGAUCUGGAAAAUGUUUAAAAACACUGAAGGGGCACAGUAAUUAUGUCUUUUGCUGUAAUUUCAAUCCGCCAUCCACCCUCAUCAUUUCGGGAUCUUUUGAUGAGAGUGUGAAAAUAUGGGAGGUGAAAACAGGAAAAUGCCUCAAGACUUUAUCUGCUCAUUCUGACCCAGUUUCUGCUGUUCAUUUUAAUUGUAGUGGGUCCUUGAUAGUGUCAGGUAGCUAUGAUGGUCUCUGUAGAAUCUGGGAUGCUGCAUCAGGCCAGUGUUUAAAAACGCUUGUUGAUGGUGAUAACCUUCCUGUCUCUUUUGUAAAGUUUUCUCCAAAUGGUAAAUAUAUUCUCAUUGCAACUUUGGACAAUACUCUUAAACUGUGGGAUUAUAGCAGAGGCAGAUGCCUGAAGACAUACACUGGUCACAAGAAUGAGAAAUACUGCAUAUUUGCCAAUUUUUCAGUUACCGGUGGAAAGUGGAUUGUGUCUGGUUCAGAGGAUAACAUGGUUUACAUCUGGAACCUUCAGACUAAAGAGAUUGUACAGAAAUUACAAGGUCAUACAGAUGUCGUGAUCUCAGCAGCUUGUCAUCCUACAGAAAACAUCAUUGCAUCAGCUGCAUUAGAAAAUGACAAAACAGUUAAACUGUGGAUGAGUAAUGGCUAAUCCUUUUGGAAAUCAAAAGAUGGUCUCUCAAUUUCGGCAUGGUUUUUUAAAAUUUCUUUUUAAAAUUGUCUUUAGUUAUAAGAUUUUGAGACUUAUAACCUACAUUUUAAAAAUGACAGAAAAGCAAGUCUAGGGCUUCUGACUUCUAAUCUUCAGGCCUGUUUUUAAUCUCAUGUGUCUGUUCCUGGGCAGUUUCCCAUUUUGUUCCUCUCAGUG